AAAAAUAGCAGCUGACAUUUUACGUUUGCAUUUAAUAGUCUAGGGUUUUUGCGAUUGGUGCAUAAUUGUGCAGUAGAGAGUGAUGUGUAAAAUCUUAAACAAAGAAAUUGUUAUGCGAAACGAAAUAAGAUCAUAAUAAGAACUGUAAAGGAUUUGAAAUAAUAUCUACUGUUAACGUUCGAAUUCUUUUUCAUCCAAAAACAUAAUCGCAUUAUUGCGCCUAAUUCGUGCAAUUAUGUUAUGAAUCUGUUGAUAGGAAUGUCAUCAGAUACUAUUUUGAUUGAACUUUGUUAAUAUUUACGAAAGAAUUGGUAUUCAUUUUUGGGAAUCAUUAAAUGCUGCAAUUAAGCUAAUGUUAACAUGAAUGAAUUUUUCACCAUGGAAUCCAGUCAAGAAGAGAAGUCUCUUGUAAAAGUACAAAAUUCUGAAAGUUCAAAAAUAUCUUUGGACUCAGAGACUCGUUUACAAAGUCUUGGCUUCAUCAUAAACAAUGGAAAGGCUAGGUUUAUGUUAGAAGAUGAUACACCGAUGUACUCGAAUGCUGCAUUAACCAACUUUAGUAUUACUGAUCCAAGUGAUACAUUAUCUUUUGUGGUGUUGGGUAAAGAUUCUAUGGAUUUCAUUCAGGCAUCUUCGAUUGCAUCAUAUGUUGAUAUUGAACGUAAAAGCAUGUCUGUUGAUUAUAAUUCUAUGAUUGCGUCGUGGAAUUCAGAUGAGAUUCAUGAAAAAUUAAGUGAGUUACUACAAGAGAAUGGAAAACUAAAAGAAACAUUAAAACAGAAUAAUAUUGCUAUGAAACAACAGUUUAACACUUUAGUCAAUUGGCAAGAAGAAAUUAUGAAAAUACAUCAGAGUCACAAGAAAAAAUUUGCUGAAACCAGAGAAUUAAUAAGUUACUUACAGAAAGAAAAUAAUGAAUUCAAAAUGAGACUGGCUACUGGGGGAAUUAGUACCGAACCAGGGUAUGAGAUGCUAAGUGCAAAUGAAAUGCAAAGUACUAGUGACAAAAAAGAGUCAUCUAUUCUUGGAACAGAACUUCAUGAAAAAGUAUCUUCAUUAACAGAAGAAUUAAGUAACUCUAAACAAAAAUGUGAAAAAUUAUCCUCUGACGUUGAGAAAUUACUUAGUAUAUCAAAUUUAGUGAGUUCUCAAUUGAAGCAAGCUACUUCUACGAUACAAGAUCAGAGGCUCAAUAUAAAAAAGUUAGAGAUGCAAGCUUCAAUGUCAAAAUCAUACGAUUCAAAUCAUUUUAAUCAGUCCCUUAAUUAUAAUAUCCCUAAAUGUACUGAGUUUACAAAUAAACAUAUAAAUUGUGAGAACUGUUUGAUAAAAGAUAAAGAAAUUAACUCCUUAAAAGAAUCUCUUGUUAUGCUUCAACAUAAAUUACAACAUGCUAUUCUGUAUGAGCCAGAAACAGUUUUGAGAGAAAAAAUAGAAGAUAUAACACAAACUAAUAUGUCCACUGAAUCUGUUAAGGAUAAGACAGAGUCAGUAGAACAGGGCAUUGAAAAUAAACAGUCAUUAGAAGAAAGUAUGAGUUUACUUGCCAAAGAAAAGGAACGUCUGAAGGAAACAGAACAGUUAUUAGACAGCCAAAAGAAAAAUCUUGAAAUGGAACGCAAACAUUUAAAUGAAGCAAUGGAACUUCUACAGCAAGAAAAAAUAAGUUUGAAUGAAGAAAAGUCAUCUCUUGAUCAACAGAGUCAGUUGUAUGAAAGUCAUUACAAAACUGUUCUAGAAACAGAAAAAAAUAAAUGUGAUGCAAAAUGCAGUCAAUUGAUCAGUGAAAUUGGUAUUUUGCAUGAAACUGUACAGAAAAAGGAAUUACGUGUGAAAGAGUUAGAAGCAGAGAUAAAACAACGUGAAGAACAUAUUGCCUUGCUGCGAAUGCAAUUAGAACUUUAUGAAGAAGAUUUUACAAAAGAAAAGAAUCAGAAAGAACGAAUAUUGGCAGAAAAAGAUGAACUGAAUGAUUCUCUACAGAGACAAACGGAACUUAAUCAACAAUUACUAGGAGAUAUUUCAACAUAUUUGUAUAGAUAAUUCACUGGGACAUCAUCAAAAUAAGAAAUACUAUUAUUUCUCAUGAUUUCUUUGCAGAUAUACUUAAUAUUUCUGUUAAUGUCAACAUUUUUGUCCUAAAUAUGAUAGCGCAGUCAAAAAUGUACAAUUUUUGAGACAACUGUUAUUCAGUGUUUGAAGUAAGAAUAAUACAAUAUUCUACAUUACUUCUUUUGUAUAGAAUAGUGUAUAUUAUUGACAAAUGAAAAUGUUACCAAGUUAAGUUAUAAGAAAAGAUGUAAAAAUUUAUAUGUAAUAAAUCCUGUAAAAAGAUUGACAAA